AUGGUUAGCUCAAGUGAGGAACCUACGACUGAUCUCUUGGAUGCGGUGUCUCUACCCUCGCCUGUCGGGAGGGGCAAGCGAUCCGCAUCAUCCGUCGUCUCUGAUCAGUCUGGUGGCUCAAUCAUUAUGAAGUUUCCUGUGGAUGCUGCUGCUUAUUCGCCUUGUGCUCCGCUGCUUGAGGAUCGUGCUCGGUUGGAUGCUGCUGGCUAUGACUCGGCUAUGGAGGCUAUCGUUUCCCAUUCAUUUUUGGGUACACGGGGUAUCCUUUACUUGGGGGACAAGGUGAAGGAGCUUGAGAAACAACUGACGAAACUUCGUGCCGAGCAGGUCGACUGUAGGAAGGAGAAUCGUGAUUUGAAGAAGUGCAAGGUCGAAUUGGACAAUGUGAUUAAGGGCUUGCAGGAACAAGUGGCAUCCCACGAGCAAGAUGCCGGGAAGCUUCAUGAAGCACUUGAGAAUUUGGAGGCUGUCAGUGCUCGAGUGAGGGAUCUUGAGUUUGAGAUCGUACAAUUGAAGAAUAUGAUGGAGGAUGUUGGGUUAGAGACAGAGGUCUUGAUUCGUGGUGAGAUUUAUCAAGAGUUUCGUGAUGGUAAGUCAGGUGAGUGGGAUGUAGAUUGA